CUAAGUGAAGGGAGAUUUUCAGAUGACAGCUGUACGCCAGGAAGGAGAGGGUAACCAGUCCUGCUUCGAGUGGAUCACAAGAGUCUGGGGAGAGGCUUUUCUAUCAUUUUCCUGUUUGUAGAACUAUUUGACUCCUUAAAGCAUAGACAUGUAAAAUUUGGAUGAAAAUAAGAACUAAAAGAAGACAUAAUUCAGGCAUAAGGUAAUAAGAGCAUCUAGGCUAAAGGGUGACAGUGCAAAUGGAGAGGGAUGCAUUUGAGAUCUUUGGAAGGAAGAAUAACUAGGACUUCGUGUAGAGUGUUGUAUUAGUCAGGGUUCUCUUAGAGGGACAGAACUCAUAGGAUAUUUAUAUAUAUAAAGGGGAGUUUAUUAAGUAUUAACUCGCACAAAGUCCCACAAUAGGCUGUCUGCAAGCUGAGGAGGACAGAGAGCCGAUCUAAGUCCCAAAACUGAAGAACUUGGAGUCCGAUGGUCGAGGGCAGGAAGCAUCCAGCACGAGAGAAAGAUGUAGGCUGGGAGGCUAGGCCCGUCUCUCUUUUUCAUGUUUUUCUGCCUGCUUUAUAUUCCCUGGCAGCUGAUUAGAUGGUGCCCACCAGAUUAAGGGGGGGUCUGCCUUUCCCAGCCCACUGACUCAAAUGGUAAUCUCUUUUGGCAACACCCUCGCAGACACACCCAGGAUCAAUACUUUGUAUCCUUCAAUCCAGUCACAUUGACACUCAGUAUUAACCAUCACAGUUGUAAAAAGAGAAUAAAGGAGAAAUCAGAGAUGACUAGGAUAUCCAGUUUGGGGGGAAUAGUAGUACCAUUAACAGAAAUAAGGUAUUCAAGUGUGAGAACUAAUUUUAGGAAAAUUGUGAUUUAAAAAGUGAGAUAUAGAAUAAUAUGCGCUAAAGGCCAAUGGAAAUAUGACAACAUACACUUGUAUUUUGAGCUCAUGGAACUCUUAAAAGUUCUGUUUUAAAGUUCUUGUUUUUAGGUUUGAGUGGUCUUUUUUACACUGACUUAGCUAAUAUGACUACAGAUUAGCUUUAAAUGUUUAACUGAAGUCCUAUGCUUGGGAGGUUUUCAUAUAGAAAAUUGGGCCCUCCCUUGGGCCUCUUUUGUAAGGGCAGUAAUCCCAUUCAUGAGGGCAGAGCCCCAGUGACCUCAUCACCUCCCAGAGACCCCCUUCGUCACACCAUCCCCUGGGAACUCGGUUUCAGCAUAUGAAUUUGUGAGGGGGACACAAAGAUGGAGGCCGUGGCCCUUCACAGUGUCUGUUUUUAGAGGGCUCCUGAUUGGUAAAAGGAUAACCAGGAUCACCUGACACCUGUUGCCUUCCCAGCAGUUUUCAACUUUUUCACAUGAUUCCACUCUGCAUCUUGGAAUUCAUUCCAAAUCAGACUCAGAAACCAUGUUAAGCACUUACUGUAGUGUGCUGGGCAUUAUGCUAGAUACAUAGUCUCUCUUUCUUUUUUUUUUUUAAUUUGUAUUUAUUUAUUUAUUUUAAUUUGCUUCCUGUACCUGGGCAGCAAACACAAUCUCUCUUUAAAUCCUUAUGGCAGUCUUGUUUUAUGCAGCUGCAGGUAUUACUGUCCCUGUUUUAAGAUAAGAAAGUUGAGGCUUGAAAUGCGAAAUGACAUGUCCAGGGCCACACAGCUGAUAGCAGAAUCCUAUUUCCAGGAGGAGGACUAUGAGAAGGCAAUGAAAUUCAUUCAGCUAGAACGAUUGUAUCAUGAGCAAUUGCUCGCAAAUCUUUCUGCCAUUCAAGAACAGUGGGAAACAAAAUGGAAAACUGUGCAACCACAUACAGUUACGCCGCAAAGGAAUUCAGAAAAGGGAUUUAAUGGUGAAGAUUUUGAACGGCUUACUAAAAUUUGUGCAACACAUCAAGAUCCUCUUUUGUCCAAACAUAAGAUAGCAGCUGUGGAGAAGUCCCAGGAAAGGAAAUGCUCUACACAGUUCGUAGCGUCUGAAGAUCCAGAGGAAGGAGGAGCUGCCACCAAAGAGUCAGAGAGUAAAACUUGUUCUGGCACAGAGUCAAGUAAAGAAAGCCAACAUACAGAGGAGCCCCUGGGGAGCAGUCCCUGCUGUCAUCAGAUGGACGGGCAGGCAGAUUCCCCAAGCCUUUCGGUAACUGCAGGAAAGGACCACGUGGAGGAGCUGCUCUGCAGCGCUGAAGCCACGUUAGCGCUCCACACCCAGUCCUCGGAGACAGCAGGGAGCUCGUCUGGGCCAGACUCUCCUGAGGAUGCUUGUGAGGAUGACAGUCGCUUGCAGCUGGCUCAAACAGAGGCCUGCCAGGAUGUGGCCAGAAUAGAGGGCAUUGCUGAAGACCCUACGGUGUUUCUUUCCAGCAAGUCAGCGACAGAGCCGUUGAUUUUACCAGGCUGUGACCGUAUACCUCCUUCAUUGAUUUCUGAGGGUAGAUAUUCACAGGCUCAGAGGAAAGAACUCCGUCUGCCACUUCGGGAUGCUUCUGAGGCGUUGCCCACAGACCAACUUGAGAACAAUGAAUUAAAUGAGCUGCAGCAGCCUGAUCUUACGGACAGUGAUGGAAAAUCACCACAGGCGCAGGCUGACUCAGACGGCUCUGAGAAUGUGCUCUGUGGAAAUAAUCAAAUAUCUGACUUAGGCACACUGCUUCCAGAGGUGUGUAUGGCCCCAGAGGAAAAGGGAGAUAAAGAUGACCAACUCAACAAAGAAACAGAAGACUAUUUGAACAGCCUUUUAGAAGGAUGUUUAAAAGAUACUGAAGAUUCCCUUUCCUAUGAAGAUAACCAAGACGACGACUCCGAUCUCCUUCAAGAUCUCUCUCCUGAAGAAGCAUCCUAUAGUCUCCAGGAGAAUCUGCCUUCUGAUGAGAGCUGUCUUUCUCUUGAUGAUCUGGCCAAAAGGAUAGAGAUUGCAGAGGUUGUUCCUACUGAAGGAUUGGUCUCAAUAUUAAAGAAGAGGAAUGAUACUGUAGGAGAUCAUCCUGCCCAAAUGCAGCACAAACCAUCUAAGCGAAGAGUGAGAUUCCAAGAAAUAGACGAUAACUUCGAUCAAGAUGAAGUUGGAGGUGGCUCCUGUAUUUUGCUGAUCUUGCUGUGCAUAGCAACGGUUUUCCUUAGUGUUGGAGGAACUGCAUUAUACUGCACUUUUGGUGACAUGGAGUCACCUGUUUGUACAGACUUUGCAGACAACAUGGACUUCUAUUACACUAAGUUACUACAGGGAAUGGCAGAACUGAAGCACUGGAUCUACCUCUCCUAGCAGCAUUCCAGAGACAGACAUGCUGGCAGUGAGAAUGAAAGGCGUGAAACUUUCUAAACAGUUUUUAUUUCAGGAAUUCUGUAACAUUCCCCCUUCCCCUCUGUUAGGAACCAAGGACAUCAGAAAUAGCAACUUUAAGUGGCAAUCCGGAGGAACUCUGUUAGAAUAAUCCACACGGUGAGGCAAAUACAGAUCUAAGCACUGUGGAUGAAAGGAAUGAUCUUUGGAGAGCAUAUCCAUCUCCUCCUCACUGCCUCCUAAUGUAAUGAGGUACACUGAGCAGAAUUAAACAGGGUAGUCUUAACCACACUAUUUUUAGCUACCUUGUCAAGCUGAUGGUUAAAGAACACUUUUGGUUUACACUUGUUGGUUCAUAGAAGUUGUUUUCAGCCAUCAUGCAAUAAGUUUGUGUGUAAUCAAAAGGAGUUACCUUAUGGUUGCAGUGUCGUUUUUUAGUUAACUUGGGAGCUGUGUAAUUUAGGCUUUGCGUAUUAUUUCAAUUCUGUUCUGCACUUAUGAAAUGAUUGUGUGCGUGUUCGCGUGUGUGUGCGUGCGCAUGUGCUUCCGGCAGUUACCAUAAGCAAAUACCCAACAUCACAAAGAUGAUCUUUCUUCUUUUAACUUGAUGAUGUGCAGGCACAAAUCUUUGGAGAAGGCUUAACUGUGGAAUAGAUGAAUUCUAGAACUCUUGACCCUGAAACAAACUGUGACAGAUCUGUGUCAAUUAACUUGAUUAGCUAGAAAUUAAUCACAGGCCUAGAGACAAAAGAAAAAGCUCCCCUGAGUCUCAGGCAACAGUUUUGUCACGGUUGCAAAGCUUCCGUGAAAUCAUGAAUGCUGGACUCAAGUGUGGCAAACGCUUACGCCUAUUAUGUUCUGAGAUUCUGAGAACCAGAAUGCAAACUUAAGUAAGAUAGAGUUCCUGCUGUAGGUGUUUUCAUCCUGGUCUUAUGUAAAAUAAACCAGUACUUUGGCGAGUGAAAUCACCAUAUAGAAUUCAGUAUUAACAGAUCAUGCAUUCAGAUGCUUGAAUGUGCAUUCUUGUUGUGGGCUUGAUUUAGAUCCUAUUGCGGGGUCAUUACGCAAAAAUUCAAUCAUACCUUCCAUAGACAAAUGUCUGGUUUUUGUUUAAAUCUGUCCGUUAGGUGGCCUUUCCUUAUCUAAGGUGUAGUGGUCUAACAUUUAGGAAGCCUUGCUUUGACCUUAUCAGGCAGCAUUAAAAAAAAAAAAAAAAACCAAACAUGAAUUAUAGUUUUUUAGCAAGUGAUCAUUAUUUCCUGUUUUCUGUUAGGGUCAUUUGAAAGAAAAAGGGAGAACUUACUUUCUAGUUGUUACUGGCUGGCACAGUACCUCCCUUUGUGUUUCUGCUUAUUUAUUUAGAUUAUGUGAAUCUUAAAGGGCUUUUUAUAUAAGUUGAAAGUGUGUUACUGUGCAUGCAUUUGGUUAUUCCAAUGCUAGAUAUUUAAUUACUGUGUAGUGUUUUGAUUUUCUAUAAUUUCAGUUCAGCGUGUUUUUACACUUGUUUAUUUUAAAUCAAUGUUUCAUUUUCACUUAUAAUACUGUUUGACUUGUCUCUGUCAUGUCACCAUAAACUGUAAUAUUUUCAAGGGUUAUAGAUCAAAGAUAUUUAUUUAGAAAUGUACAAGAUAAUGAAAUUUAGAUUCCUUAUACUUAAGGCUGAUUUUAUUAGAAGAUUAUUUUAAUGUUCUAUUAUAAAUUUUAAGAAUUUGUAUUCAAAUUGUAUGUAAAAUAUGUAAAAUGUUGACGGUACUAUAUUAAGUGGUUCUAUAAAAGCUGUUCACAAGUUCUACUGUGACGGACAUCCUCAUCAUAGACAAACCUCUUCUGUUUUAUCCUCAAUUUCUAGUUACAGAAAUUUGGUGAUGCUUAUUUUUGCCAAUUUUAUGUCAAAAUAACUUAAAACUUCCCUCCUGUUCACCUCUUCUUGGGUCUCUCUCCUGUAUAACGUCUGGUGUAAUAUUUGCCCAUAGGUAGCCAGAGCCACUUCCUCUGAACCCAAGAUCUCCUGGGGACCUUCACAGCAAGAGGAAAGCACUGAGACAAUAGCUGGCUAAUCAGGGACCCCGUGGUGUCUCAGAGAAACCAUGGGUGUCCUUGCCACUUCCCAGGGAGGGUGAGGUGAGCUCGGGAACAUAACGAUGUUUUGACUUAAAAUAGGCAUGAAAUCGCAACUAGAAAAAUUAGGGCAAUUUUUAAAAAUGUCAUGGUUAUUUAUUGCAUGAACUGGAGUAAUUCCACCUGGUGGUGAAAGGAUUGUUAUUUCACACACGAAAAAUUCAUCCAGUUUUACUAAAAUGUAAUUUUUUCUGUCAUUUGAAAGUACUGACAACUAUUUGUAACUAAUCUUCCUUAAGAACUGUAUUUGAGGGUAUCAAAUCAAGCUUGUAAUUUAAAAUCUAUACCAACAAA